AUGUCCCCGCAGGCUGCCAGCUUCGGCACAAGCCCGGAACAUGGCGAGUCGACAUAUGGCCAGCAACAGCAACAAGCUAAAAGCGUCGGUGGGCAUUCGGUGUCGUCCUUGUUAUCGGAAGAGCCAUCGCGCGCGGGACAAUACGGUUCGACGUCAUCAGAGGCGUACCAAGGGCAGGGCGAGGAGCGGCGACGGUCCCCGUUGUAA